AUGGGAAACCUAUCCGAGAUCGACGUUGCGCUCGAAGUUCUUCCAAGCUCUAGGAGCUUCGAUGAACUCGACCUUGAAGGUUUCGUAAAACGCAAGAAGUGGAUACGCGAUGUAUGCGGCUUGUUCGUUAGCGUCGUGAAUUCACGAGUGUUUCUGAUCCACCAGACUGCGAGGGAAUUCUUACUGCAGCAGGGAUCUGGAACGGCUGUGGCGGGUACAAGGAGACACUCCAUUGACCUGCAGAAUGCGCGUCUAUCUCUUACAAAGCUGUGUCUUACAUAUCUCUGCUUUGAAGACUUCAGGAUGAAGGGUCAGCAGUAUCGCUUACAGUACAUUCCACAGGAGGGCUUCUUGAGAUACUCUGGAGCUUAUUGGAUGUCCCACGUGAAACGAAGUCACAAUCUGGGUGGUGAAUGGAUCCGGAAAGUAGUCACACUGUGCGAGGCGGGAUCUGAGUCUGCCUACUGGAUUUCUUAUCAUGAAGGUUAUUCUUUCUGGGAACUGUGUCGAAACCACAACACGGCUAGGCAGCAAUCCUUGUUCUGGGUGGCACACUGGGCAUUAACAGAGGCUGUGAUUUUCCUCGUUGAUGAUGCCGGUGCGGAAGUUUCUGCUCGACCGUACCAAUAUCAGAUCACCCAGCCAAUCGUGGAGACUGUUCCAUGGAAUGAGAAGAAUGGCAAGGCGUUGACGCGGGUUCUCCUUGAUCAACGUGGAGUAGAGAUUGAGAUCACCGAGGAAGUAGUCUGGAACGCUACAUUAAAUGAGGAGAGCGGCGAAGAGAUUUUGAACCUUCUUCUCGACCGCAGAGGAGCAGAGCUCAAGAUCACUCAGAAAGUACUCCGGGGUACUAUGACCAACUUGCGAGAUGGAAGUAGAUUGAUGAGGCUUCUCCUCAAUCGCGGGGUAGAGAUCAAGAUCACCGAUAAAGUAUACGAACAUGCCGCAUCAUAUUGGCAUGACAAGGACGAGAUGAUGCAGCUUCUUCGUAACCGACGAGCCGCGGAUCUCAAUGAGGCCGAUGUCAAGGAAGCCGACGUCAAACAAGCCGAUCUCAGAGCUGCAGAACCUAGAAAGGGAUGGUUGUCUUAUUUCUUUGGCAGUUGA